AUGGGUGAGGCUGAGGCUGAGUAUUGGCAGAGAGCUGUUGCUGUGGAAGAGUGUUGGCAGAGAGCUGGCGUUGAAGAGGAGUAUUGGCAGAGAGUUGUUGCUGUGGAAGAGUGUUGGCAGAGAGCUGUCGUUGUGGGGGAGUGUUGGCAGAGAGUUGUUGCUGUGCCGAAGUGUUGGCAGAUAGCUGGCGCUGAAGAGGGGUGUUGGCAGAGAGCUGGCGCUGAAGAGGGGUGUUGGCAGAGAGCUGGAGUUGUGUCUGGGUGUUGGCAGAGAGUUGUUGCUGUGGAAGAGAGUUGGCAGAGAGCUGGCGUUGUGUCUGGGUGUUGGCAGAGAGUUGUUGCUGCGCCGAGGUGUUGGCAGAGAGUUGUUGCUGUGGAAGAGAGUUGGCCAAGAGCUGGAGUUGUGUCUGGGUGUUGGCAGAGAGUUGUUGCUGUCGAAGAGAGUUGGCAGAGAGCUGUCGUUGUGGGGGAGUGA